AUGCCCCCUACGCUCUCGGACCGAGUCCGUUCCCUGACUCGACGACACCUCUCCUUCUUCAGUUGGGCGCUACUCGUCGACUGGCUCGUUGUGGUCGGACUGUGGUGGAUCGGGACCUAUAUCGAGAGGCAGGAACCGUACGAGCGGGAUGUGAUGCAUUACCUGGGUCAGUAGACCGAACGGAACGGGGGCCAGGUGGUUCCAUCGUCCUAUCCUACCUCUAAAAUCCAGCCUAUCGUCGCGUGUGUGUGCUGCUCACAGGCGACCACGACAUUUCCUGGCCCCAUACCCAACACGAACGCGUUUCGGUUCGGAACUUGAACUUGCUGAGCGUGUACUUGCCCCUCGCGCUCAUCGUGCUCGUCUCGGCGUUGAGGAGGUCCGUACAGGAGAUGCAUCAUGCCGCCUUGGGAUUGUUGGCCAGUAGGGCUUUGAUGACGAUCACCGUCGAGUUUAUCAAGAACAGGGUGCGUUAACGUGUCGAUUGAUGGGGAGGAGUGUGUUUGACCGUUUUCGCCACGGGGGGUGCGAAUUGGCCCCUAGACGGCACGAGCACGUGGGGGCACCAGAUGAGAGCUGAUCCCCCCUCUUCUGCGGACCUUUUUUGCUUUCCCCUCGCUCGCGCUGUAGGUCGGUCGUCUCCGUCCCGAUUUCCUCGAUCGAUGCGCCUACAGUGUCAUCUCCCACGACUGUACCGGACCUCACUACCUCGUCAAGGAUGGCAGGAGGUCCUUCCCCUCGGGUCCGUGCGAGAACCAAGUCUGACCCGACUGCGUAUGAGCAAUCGCUGAUGUGGGGCGGCUCUUCACUUGCAGGUCAUUCAUCGGCUUCGUUUCAAGGCUUGUUCUUUAUGUGCUUGUUCUUUGCGGGCAAGAAUGGUACGUACGCGCGAUCUUCUCACCGCGUCGCUCCCUCGUGCAGCUGGGGGACUGAAGGGAGUCAUGAUGUCGUUGUACCGACCGACCGAAACACAGGUGCCUUUGCCUUCCAGGCUCGCUUCCCCCGCUCGACGAUCCUACAAUCACGAAUGCUUCGACUUGCCCUCACUUUAUCGCCACUGAUCUUGGCAACCUGGAUCGCCAUCACCCGCCUCGAGGACCACAUGCACCACCCGACCGACGUGCUCGCAGGUUCAACGAUCGGUAUCCUCACCGCUAGCCUCGGCUACACCUUGUAUUGGAACAACCCGUUCGAUGCGGACAAGUUGCACGUGAUGGCUUGCGCGAGAAAGGUUUAUGGCGCCGAGGAAGGCGAAGGGGAAUUGUUUUUGGAGCGGGAGGGUGUGGAGAGUGAGUUGGAAGAGGGGGCGAGGAGGGGUGCCGUCGAGGAGUGUUAA